AUGACUGAAAACCGAAGAGUGAUAUUAGUGACUGGUGGGUCCGGUCUCGUUGGACAAGCGAUUAAGACUGUAGUAGAAGAAGAAAAACAACAGCAAACUGCUAAUUCUCUGAACGAAACUUGGAUAUUUUCUGGUUCUAAAGAUGGAGACCUUAGGAACAAAUCCCAAACAGAUGCAUUGUUCGAGAGACAUAAACCCACACAUGUUAUACAUUUAGCAGCUAUGGUGGGUGGUCUAUUCCACAAUAUGGCUCACAAUUUAAGUUUUUUUAGGGAUAACAUGGCAAUAAAUGACAAUGUCCUGAGCGCUAGUUACAACAAUAAUGUAAAGAAAGUUGUGUCUUGCCUGUCUACGUGUAUAUUUCCUGAUAAAACUUCAUACCCUAUUGAUGAGACAAUGGUACAUAAUGGUGCACCGCACACAUCUAAUUAUGGCUACAGCUACGCCAAAAGAAUGAUAGAUGUUUUAAAUAGAGGGUACCAUGAGAUGCACGGGUGUAUGUUUACUUCGGUAAUCCCAUGCAAUGUGUUCGGACCCCACGAUAACUACAACUUAGAGUCCAGUCAUGUCAUUCCGGCGCUUAUCAGAAGAAUGGACGACGCUAUGCAGAAAGGUGACACAACGUUCACAGUGAUGGGCAGUGGCAAGCCUCUGCGUCAGUUCAUCUACUCGCUAGACUUAGCCAAGCUGUUUAUUUGGGUGCUCAGGAACUAUGAGAGCAUCGAACCUAUUAUAUUAUCAGUCGAUGAAGAAGACGAAGUAACCAUCAGCACAGUGGCAGACAUGAUCAAGAAAGCUCACAAUUUCACCGGUGAGAUUGUAUACGAUACAACCAAAGCGGACGGGCAGUAUAAGAAAACAGCAUCUAACAAAAAACUUAGGAGUCUUAAUAAGGACUUUAAGUUCACACCGUUUGAAGUAGCCAUACAUGAUACUGUGGCGUGGUUCAAGGAAAAUAGGGAGCAUGCUAGGACGUAG